CUGGCCGGCACCUGCCCCCGGCGGGUCGGGUCGGUGGGCGGCGGCGGCUGGAGGCCGUGACUGUCAUGCUGGAGGAAGGCAUUUUCUGGACAGUCCUGGAGACAGAAGUGCUGUGUUUCUAGAGCAGGUUGCCUUGGUCCUGUGGCCAUCUGUCCUGCUGCAAUGAGUGGGAAGUCCUUGCUCUUAAAGGUCAUUCUGCUCGGAGAUGGUGGAGUUGGGAAGAGUUCCCUCAUGAACCGCUACGUCACCAACAAGUUUGACUCGCAGGCUUUCCACACGAUUGGAGUGGAGUUCUUAAACAGGGACCUGGAGGUAGAUGGACGUUUUGUGACCCUCCAGAUCUGGGACACUGCGGGGCAGGAGAGAUUCAAGAGCCUGCGGACCCCCUUUUACAGGGGAGCUGACUGCUGCCUGCUGACCUUCAGCGUGGAUGACCGGCAAAGCUUUGAGAACCUCAGCAACUGGCAGAAGGAGUUUGUCUAUUAUGCUGAUGUGAAGGACCCCGAACGCUUCCCUUUCGUAGUGCUGGGCAACAAGAUUGACAAACUUGAAAGGCAGGUGAGCACAGAGGAGGCCCAGGCUUGGUGCAUGGAAAACGGCAACUAUCCGUACCUGGAGACCAGCGCCAAGGAUGACACCAACGUGGCCGUGGCCUUUGAGGAAGCUGUGCGACAGGUGCUGGCGGUGGAGGAGCAGCUGGAGCACUGCAUGCUGGGCCACACCAUCGACCUGCAGUCCAGCUCCAAAUCGGGGUCCUCCUGCUGUUGAGGGCGGCUGCUGCUUUGGGAACGUUGUCGGAACCGAUGGUUGGAUGGCAAGGAGAGCGGGGGCACUCUGAGGAGGGUGGCCGUGAGGACAGUGGGUGGUUGGUUUGCUCAGUGGGGAGCUGCAGCUUUGCCAUCUGAAUUCUGACUGGGGUUUUCAGGUGUGGAAGAUGAACCUGCAGGAGAGUGCUGUCAAAGAGCGUGAACGCAGUCCUGCUCCUGUCCCUGCCUGUGUUAGCAGGUUUAAUGGACUGGGUUAAACUAAAGAGGGUGAAUUCUGAGCUGUAGCAAGAACUGCAUGCAGAACAAAGCUGGGGGCACUUCAGAAGCUCCGAAAUGUUUUAGUCCUGAACUCAAAAACUACUAGACCCGCUAAACUCAUGGCCUUACUGCCAAAGCAAAGUCUGCUCAGCAGUGUAAAUGAAACCUGUUGAGAAGGCUGUAGCCCACACAACUGUGAGAGUGCCAGAUCCUGGAGUGGCUGGGAUGUGUGCAUCUGCUGCUUGGGAUCAAUGCAUUCUGUGCUGAGUAAUGCUAGAACUCUGAUAUGAAGUAACAUAAUGAAGGAGAGAAGAAACUGAAUGCUGCAGCAUCACUUCUUCGUAGCUGCCUGUUUCUGGCCUGUUUUCUCCACCUUUGCCUUGUUUGGGUGUUGUUUUAUGGAGAGACCGGCUUCUGCUUGUUUCCUCAGCCCUUCUGGAGGCUCAACACCAGAUCUUGCUUCUCACGCCUUGAAUAGACCUGGAUGGAAGGUUCCAGCGUGGCCACUCAGCAGUUCGUGGCAAAGGAUCUGAGUUAGCUGGGAGUUCAGGAGAUCUGGAGCGUGAACCUUCAGCUGGUUCCUGCCAGAAGUAAUCUCUGUGUCUGGAUGAUUCUGUGUGUCUCUGAUGCUGUGAAUGCUGCAACGUAAAACCACUCACCGUGAUUACCUGCUGUGUCAGGGGCUGUGCUGCUCAGCACGGUUUACUCACACCAUUGCCCUGGCCUUUCCUCCCUAACGGGGAAUCCAGUAUGUUUUAUCUGUAACUCAGCUGGCAUCCUACUGCUAGAGGAUGUCCACUCAGUUAAUUGACCCUUGUCAAUGAGCAGCUGUGCUGGGGAGAGAUUUGGACUGAUUCCUCAAGGGGCUGAAGAACGAUACUGGAAGGGCAGAGAGCCCUCCAAAAAGGAUGCCAGGCUUUGCUGAUCCCAGCUCCUGCUCCCUGCUAGGUGUUAGUCCUGAGCUAAUUGUGUGUAGCAAAGAGGUCAGUGCUUGCUGGCUUGCCAUUGUAACCUCGUGUUCUGCAACUUCCUGUGCGAGUGUUUGUCCAAAACGAUGACUUUACCUGUAAGCACGUAGGAGCCUGGCAUGGGGAGAGCUUCCUGCUGAGUGCAGUGCCCACUGUGAUGAGCUACUGGAUAGCUAAUGGUGUAGCUCAAAUAGAGCAGCCUCGUAUACUGAGUGCUUUAGAGCAGGGCAGCCUCUGCUCUCACACUGGCUGGUGGCAGCUAAACCCCAUCCCCUAGCAGUCUGUGAGCUUGCAGGAUGUCUCCCCUGGGAACUCAGGGUGACCCUGCUCUUCUCUGUGGGGCAGCCACACGUGGGAGGGGCUGAGGCUUGAAUACAAAGUCGUGGGGGGGGGUGAAUCUGAUUUUGAAAGGGGGCUGGAUAUUCACGUUCACACAAAUAGAUAGGAAAUGCUUGCAGCUCCUAGAAAGUCAGGUCUCUUGCUCUGCCUCCAUGGGUGCAGCAUACAUUUAGGAAUUAGGUCUAUUUAUUUAACAAUGUCUGACCUCUGCAGGCCUCUAUCCAGAUUUUCCUUCAGUUUAACUCAGCUGAAUGUAAUCGUUAGGGCUUUGAAAAUCCAUUCAAAGGUGAGGUAUAAUAUAUUGAAGAUGUUCAGUUUAUUCUGAGGUACGCACAAUUCCUGAAGGAGCCCAGAUCUUGAACUCUGUUGCAAAGUUGUGCACCAACAGCCCUCCUUUCCCUGUGUCCACUCAUGCUGCUGCAGUUGUUGCUAUUGCUACAAAACUGGAAUUGUAACGCUGAGAUUCUACCUUUAUUUAAGCAAAUAAAAUGUGGAUGUAUUCAA